CAGAAGUGCUGGCGUCACUUACGCAUGUUUCGGGGUGUCCUGCAGAAAUGGAACAUUUGGGUUUCUUUUGGAGUCAGGCCUUGUCUCUCCUGCCUCUGAGGCAGGCCUGGGAGGUUGGGUGACUGAACCCUGAAAUUGCAGCUGUGGGAGGCCACAGCUCCCCUGACCCUGGGGAGAGCUUCCCUGACCCCAAGCACAGGGACAAACCAUUGUUCCGGCCAGUGGGGCCCUGCAUCUGGCAUGCAUCCUGUCCUUGUUCCCGGUCUUUGUGUCUGUUUCCUCCCUAUGGCUCUCUGUCUGUUUUCCAAGGCCCUGUGGCUCACCCCUCCACAUCCUCCUGUGUGGGAGUUCUGGGGCUGCCUUUGUUACCUGUUCUGGAGGAUAGCUCCUUCAAGGACUGAGGGAGAAACUGGUGGGGCAGGCAGAAGGGUCUGGGCAUAGGCCUGGGGGUUGCUGGCAUGGCAGAAACUGGGGGGCAUACAUAGGAGGAGUUCUGCAACAGAGGCUCGGGAGAGACGGCAGGGUGAACUAGGGCUGUGGGCAGGCCAAGAUGACCAAGAUAGAUCGUGAAUAUGUGGACAAGCCUUCCUGCCUGGCUGGCACAGGCUGGCACCUGGUUCCACCCCUAGCUUCCUGGAGGGAACCCACAUGUUGGUGUCCCCCGCAGGGUAUCCCACUGUAUGGCAUGGAGACCUGUUGCUGUGAGGCUCCCGAGGGCUCGCCUUGGACCGCGAUGGGGCCGGGCUGCGGCCUCCUAACGGGACUGAGGUGUGCAGCCCGCGAGCUGCCGCUGCCCGCAUCUCGGAGCACCCCCGCCCCUCCCCUGGCCCGGCGCGGGCCCGGCGCCCGCCAUGAACGGCCUGUCGGUGAGCGAGCUCUGCUGCCUGUUCUGCUGCCCACCCUGCCCGGGCCGCAUCGCCGCCAAGCUCGCCUUCCUGCCUCCCGAGCCCACCUACUCUCUGGUACCUGAACCCGAGCCGGGACCCGGCGGGGCCGGCGCUGCCCCCUCGGGUCCCCUGCGGACCUCAGCGGCCACCCCUGGGCGCUGGAAGAUCCACCUGACGGAGCGCGCUGACUUCCAGUACGGCCAGCGCGAGCUGGACACCAUCGAGGUCUUCGUGACCAAGAGCGCACGCGCCAACCGCAUCGCCUGCAUGUACGUGCGCUGUGUACCAGGUGCCAGGUACACAGUCCUCUUCUCGCACGGCAAUGCAGUGGACCUGGGUCAGAUGUGCAGCUUCUACGUCGGCCUGGGCACACGCAUCGGCUGCAAUAUCUUCUCCUACGACUACUCUGGGUAUGGGGUCAGCUCCGGCCGGCCCUCGGAGAAGAACCUGUAUGCCGACAUUGAUGCUGCCUGGCAGGCCCUGCGCACCAGGUACGGCAUCAGCCCAGACAGUAUCAUCCUGUAUGGCCAGAGCAUUGGCACUGUGCCCACAGUGGAUCUGGCGUCACGCUACGAGUGUGCUGCUGUGGUCCUGCACUCUCCUCUCACCUCUGGCAUGCGGGUGGCCUUCCCUGACACCAAGAAGACCUACUGCUUCGAUGCUUUCCCUAACAUCGAGAAGGUGUCGAAGAUCACAUCACCGGUGCUCAUCAUCCACGGCACAGAGGACGAGGUGAUCGACUUCUCACACGGGCUGGCACUGUAUGAGCGCUGCCCAAAGGCCGUGGAGCCGCUGUGGGUGGAGGGCGCUGGGCACAACGACAUUGAGCUGUACAGUCAAUACCUGGAGCGCCUACGCCGCUUCAUCUCCCAGGAGCUGCCCAGCCAACGCCCUUAGCCAAGCCGUAGGGACCUCAGCAGUACACGGGCCUCCUGCCGGGGCUGCAUGUGACCCGGAGCCCAGGACCCUGCCUGGCACCCCAGGGGCCAUGAGCCAUGUGCCGGCAACAGAGGCCCCUCUUCUUUCCUCGUGGAAGCAAAGAGAAGGAAAGAGGGGAGUUAAUUAAAGGAUUGAGAUUUUUGGGUUGCCUUGGCUCCUUCGUGGCUCCAGUGAGGCUUCUUAGGGCUGGGGGGGUUGCUUAGACAGCCGGGUAUUGGGGUGUGACGGAAAACCUCGGGGCAUGCGGCCCAGGACUGCAGGGCAGUGCCCUGCUCUGCAGGAGUCCUGAUCCCUGUUGCCUACAGGGCUCCCACUCCAGGACCAGGCCUUGCACUGUGCCACUGUGAGCUGAGGAGGUCUCCCCGGGACUGCAGGGAUAGCUAGGGUAGUGUGCUCACUCUGGAGUUGAGCCAUGUGUUUCCUCUAGCCAUAGGGUCCGAUGUGUGGGGAGAUGAGCACCCUGAGCUGACUCAGGAUGCAUCAAGGUCACUUUAACAGUGGGUGGUACAUUGGGGGAGCUGGAAUACUUUCGGGUGUGGCUAUAGCCCCUGAAGAAGAUCAAACGUGACAUAUUUAGUCACUUUAAAAUUUUAUUUUAUGUACAUUGUUGAUUUGAGUGCAUGUGUGUCUGUGCUAUGUGGUGCUGGGAACUGAACCUAGGUCCCCUGGAAGGGAGAGCAGCCAGUGCUUUCAAUCAUUGAGCCAUCUCUCUAGCCCCCUAAAAUUUGUGGUUUUGACUUCAAGCACUAGUUAGUGCUAAAGCUGGCUCCCGAGCCGCGGUUCACCAAAUUGGGGCAUUCUUAACCUGGAGCGUACUCUUCUCUAGCCGCAGGGCCUUUGCACAGGGUGCUCAGGUGCCCUUACUAGAUCCCUGCCUGUAGUCCCACUGCCUGGCUUGGCUCUUUCACCACCUGCUGCAGGUUUCCCGAUCCCCAACACCCCGCUGACUCAUCCUGAUCGCUGCCCGCUGCUCCCACACAUCCCCCUGAAAUGCCACUGUCCAGGGCUGAGUCUCCACUGUGACCUUGGUGUACACAGGCCCAGAAUGCACCCAGGAAGGAGAGGCAAGCCCCAUUCUGAGCCACUCAUCCUACAUUAGUAGAGGAGGGUACCAAUACUUAGGAUGCCCUCAGGUGUGCGGGGUGGGGGUAUGGUACGGGCCAGGACAACUCAUGAUAAAAUAGCAAGACUGAAUACUGAGAAGAAAAGAUGUGCUCUUCUGACCUCCUAACCCUCUCCCCAAGCCCAGCUGUUGCUGACCAGAAAGUCUGGUUUCCUGGGUGCCGGGGAUGCAGCCCGGGGCUCCCUGCACAGGAGGGAGGGCACUGCUGCUUGCUGUGCUGCAGCCGAGGCCGCUGUUUACUCUAAGACAGGGUCUUGCUCUAUAAUUGGUUCUGAUCUUGAACUUGGCUGAAUGAUGCCACACUUGGGGCCGCUGGGGUGGAACUUGGGGCGCAGUGAAUGGGAGGACUCCACCCACUCAUCCACAGCCUGUAUUUUUUAUUUUUUGAGACAAAGUAGCCCAGUCCUCAAACUUCACCACUGCUGGCAGGACAGCCAUGAGACAGCAUGUGAGCUACAGCAAGUUAAACACAAAGUAAACCGGCGAGGCCAGCCAGAGCUCCACAGAGAAACCCUGUCUCGAAAAAUAACAACACAUUUAUUUGGUCAAGACACACGCACCACUGCAUUUCUGCAGAGGUCAGAGGUCAAGUGUCGGUUGUCUGUUCUCUGGGUGGGGGGGUUGAAUUCAGGUUAUCAGGCCUGGAGGCAAGUGUCUACUCACUGAGCCAUCUGUCUGGCCCUACUCUAGCAAGCUUUUUAAAUGCUUCCAUUGUGUGUUGUAAUAGCCGUCUCUGUCACUAGUAUCAUUUUAAAAUUGGACGGAUGUACAUUUGUUAUAAAGAUGAAUGUUAAAAAAAAAAGAUGAAUGUUUAAA